AUGGACCGCCGCUCUCUAUUAGAACGAGAUUCCAAAGACUCUUACUUACACCUACCUAGGUCAAGAGAUAGCAGCCCAUCCUCGACAACAGGAGGAUUUCGCAACUUGGACAUUACCGAUUCACCUCAUAGUCGACCAGCAUCUUCACAAGGGACUCAGCCGCCACCUUAUAUAAAUCGCGUCCCUCAUCGCUCUACGCCAUUUUUACCAAGCCACACCUCUCACCCAACUUUGCCCUCACAGGGUCCCUUGGAUACUGAGUGGAGCCAGAGACAAGCACAGUCUCAGAACACUCCCUCAUUGCGUGUAAAUCCAGCGCGAGAUUCACAUUCUUCAUCCUCUUUACCACCCCCACAUACCUCCACAAUGAGCACCGUAGCUGUGGCUUUCGACCCCAGAAUGGAGAUGGGCAUUCCCCGCUCCUCAUACACUUGGCCAGGUUUGGAUUCAGGGCCGGAUCUAUUGGGUCAUGAAUUGGGCUCCGUUCACGGUUCCGAUGCGAGCAUGACUCCUCCGAGCGGUUCUAGGUCUUUAACCUCCAGCCCGCCCCGAUUCACAUUGACGCCCGAACAACGUGAACUUAAAAGGCAGCGCGACCAAGCCCGCCGAGAUUCGAAAUCGACAGUCCGAGCGCGCCGCGCCAUGAGCACUUACUCGUCCGCCUCCCAAUCUCCCCCAGUUUCGAUGCACGAAUUUUCUGCCGCAUCCCCGGUGCCAGUGUAUUCGACAGCGCCUUCGCAAAUCUCUCUCUUGGCGGAACCCGCGACAACCAUGGCGGGCUCGUAUAUGCCUUCUUACUCUACAUCGCCCAUUCCCGAUCACGGCAGCCCAGGAAUGUUCCCUCAAUUUUCUUCGAUGCCACCCAGCGAUUACUUGGGCUUGAGCUACUCACCGGGUUACCCCCCACCACCUUCCGCCCACAGCUUAUCUUCACAAUACAGCCGACCCUCACCUCCGAUGUCUGAUGCUGGAAUCAUGUACCCUGUUCAGGCUCCCCCAGUCCUUUCUUCUGGUGGCGCAGGGCAAGAAGCCGGCCACGUUCGUGUCGUCCAAAGCCGACCCAAGCCGCAGUGCUGGGAGCACGGUUGCAACGGCCGCCAAUUCUCGACCUUCAGCAACUUAUUAAGACACCAACGUGAAAAAUCUGGACAAGCAGCUAAGGCUACCUGCCCUAACUGCGGCGCUGAGUUCACAAGGACUACUGCUCGCAAUGGUCACUUACUUCACGACAAGUGCAAGCAAAGACGAAACUCAUAAAAAUUUUGUACAAUAAAAAUAAAAAUUUCUACGAUAUUCUACGAUGGAUAGGACGAUAGGGAGCUAAGGGCAAAACGAUUAGGGGUUAUGAGUAUUUGAAGCGGGAUAUGGAUUUUAGACGACAGCUCUACCGGC